AUGGUGCUGCAGCAGCAGCGCGCCUGGGUGUGCAGCGCGGGGCGGGCUUCAGUGCGUCAGCCAGCGGCCACUAGGCCUCACAACCGGCGCGCAGCCUGCCGGGGAGGUGCUCCAGUCCGCUCCACCAAGGAUGGCUGUUCAGCGGAGCAGCAGCCUCCUGAGCCACCCCAGAGGGCGUCUCCUCUGCUGAGGGCGGCGGCAGGCAUUCUGGCAGCUGGCUGUGUCGCAACGGGACACCAGGCGGUGGCGGCAACGGCGGCAGCGGAGGCCACAGCCGCUGACCCCUCGGCCAUAGUCGUGCCGCUGCUGGGCGGGGCUGCGGCAACCACCACCGCCCUGGCAGUCGCCACCAACGUGCGAGCCCGCCAGGCCCAGGAGAAGCAGCGGGAGCGCCUGGCCAAGCUGCGCGUGGAGGUGCAGGCGCUGCAGAAUCUGCAACGGGAGGAGUUGGCGCUGCUGGCGCUUCAGAUGAAGAGCAAGUCCUCGGAGUUCCAGGAUGCCUGGGGCAGCCUGCAGGGCGGGGCGUCUGGCGAGUCGCAGCACCAGGCUCACCAGCAGGGCAGGCUGGCGCACGCGCAGCAGCAGGCAGCGGGCUGGGGGUCGCGAGCGGAGGUGGAGGCGCGAGACCGGCAGCGCGUGCAGCUGGCAGCCGGCGAGCUCGAGGAAGAGGCCGUGUCGAUGCAGAAGGCGUACCGGCAGCUGCAGGACAAGGCGGCGGAGCUGGCGGUGCGGCUGGAGGAGGCGCGGCGGGAGGUGGCUGACGCCAACGCCCAGCUGGCCGUGUCGCAGAGCCGCGUCCAGCUGGUGGAGAAGGCGUGGGCUGGCGCGCUGCAGGCGGCCGAGGAUGCCAAGGCCCUGCAGCAGGACAACAGCUGGCUGCAGGGCGAGCUGCGGCAGGCGGAGGCGUCGGCGGCGGCGCUGGCGGCGGAGGCGGAGGAGGCGCAGGCGGUUGCCGCCGCCGCGCGGGCAGAGCUGGCCACGCUGCAGGACCGCACGGGCAUGCUGGAGGAGGCCUGGAAGAAGGCGGCAGAGGAGGCCAGCCAGCUGCGCAGCGAGAAGCGCAGCCUGCAGGACGAGCUGGCGCAGGCGCAGCAGGAGGCGCGGGCGCUGGCGGCGCAGCUGGAGGACACUCGGGCGCUGGCGGCGCGGCUGGAGGAGGCGCAGCGCGAGACGGCGGCAGCCAACUCGCAGCUGGAGGCCCUGCGCAGCCGCACCGCGAUGCUGGAGAAGUCGUAUGCCGCUUCCAUGAUGGAGGCACAGGACGCCGCCCAGCUGCGCAAGCAGCAGCGCAAGCUGGAGGCCGCGCUGAGCCGGGCGCAGGAGGAGGCGUCCGCGCUGUCUGCCGAGCUGAAUGCGGCGCAGAAGGAUGCGGCGGCGGCCAAGGCGCUGCUCAGCAUGUCCCACGGCCGCAACGCUCUGGUGGAGAAGGCGUGGAAGACUGCGCAGGAGGAUGCCAUGUCGCUCCGGGGGCAGCAGCGCAGAAUGCAGGCGGCGCUGAGCGCGGCGCAGAAGGAGGCGCGCGCGCUGGCUGCGGAGCUGGAGCGGGCGCGCGCCGCAAACCAGGAGCUGGAGCGGGCGGCGAGCGGGGCAGGCGGGGCAAGCGCCGAGCUCAGCACGCUGCGCAGCCGCGCAGAGCUGCUGGAGAAGGCAUACGCCAACGCCACAGAGGAGGCCAAGGCGGAGCAGGCGAGGCGGGCGGGGGCGGAGGCGGAGCUGUACUGGCUGCAGCAGCAGGUGCAGCAGCUGAGCGAGGAGCUGCAGCAGACGCAGGCCUCGCUGGCCAACGGCUCCCACGGCUUCGACUCGUUUGUGAGCCACAUGCAAGACUCGCGCGUGCCUGCACAGGCGUGGUGAGGCGCCCGGCGCUGCACAGCGCCCAGGCACUGCAGCCCGCUGGGCGCCCCGGCACACCGCACAUCCUUGUUCCCAGCUUUAGACUGGAUUUUGGUGCAGCUCCCCUGACCCCUUGUACACUCUUCGGUUCCCGAAGGCGCCACUCGCUCGCCCGCGCACCGGGCUUCACAUUUCCUCUGCGUCUUCUGUUGAAGCCUUGCCGCGCCGCAUCUGAGAACGCGCAGUGCUCGUAGAGGAACCUUCCAAGUUGCGCUUGCAUUUGAUUUCCUACCUCAGUCAAUCCGAUAAAACCUUGCACCUUUUUCCCGCAGCCGCUUGCCUUUCCUGGGCCCCAACACCCUGCCCAUACAUGGGCAUUGUUUUUUUUCUUUGAACCCCAUACAUGCAACAAUAAA